CCUCACCAACCCACCUUUCUCACCUUUUUUUCUUAUUCAAAUCCGCACGAGCUCUUUGUCACCGGAACCAGAACAAGUCUUAUGAUCAGUUUCUCUUCAAAGUCCCACAACUCAAAGCAGCUCUGUCUUCUGUAACAAUGGGCGCCGAGAAAAAGGUCUAUACUUUGGAAGUGGUCUCCAAGCACAGUGACCGCAAAGACUGCUGGCUCGUCAUUGAUGGCAAGGUGUAUGAUGUGACAAAAUUCUUGGAGGACCAUCCUGGUGGUGAUGAGGUCUUAUUGUCAUCCACAGGGAAGGAUGCAACUGAUGAUUUUGACGAUGUUGGUCACAGUACCUCUGCUAGAGCAAUGAUGGAUGAAUACUAUGUAGGUGACUUUGAUAAAGCAUUCAUCCCUGCUAAGACGGCAAAGUACACUCCUCCCAAGCAGCCUCAUUACAAUCCUGAUAAAACAUCCGAUUUCAUCAUCAGACUCCUCCAGUUCCUUGUUCCCCUGCUCAUUUUGGGUCUGGCUUUCGUUGUGCGCGCCUAUACCAAAUCACCGACAACCUAAAUGCUGAAAGCCGACAAAGAGAAAAUUCUGAGAUAUGUCUUUCUAAUAAGUUUAUGUUUGAGGGUUGGAUGACCCUUUGCUAGUUUUUAAACUUUUCACGUCCAGAACUGUUCAUCAAGGAAUGUUAGAAUAUUUGACUUCUUUCUGGUAAUGAUUUUUUGCCAGCCUUUUUGUUUGCUCUAAGUAUAUGCUUUGGUGAUCUUACUC